GCGGCCAUAUUUGCAUCGAGAACACCAGUUUCAAUAGUGUUUGUGGCAACCGAGAGUGGAUGUGAAGAAAUGGAACGGCUUGGUCUUUCCGCCGGUCGCCUUUCCUAUCAGAAUCGUCGAGCCGAACGUGAUAUGUUACAGGUUUAGCCACGGAUUCUUACUCCUAUAA